CAGGCAGUGGAUGUAAGUACAUAAAUCACUAGUCCGCCACUCCACCAAGUAGGCCCAACCAAAAACUCAGAAGGUGGAGGAGAGACGGGGGAAAAAAGAAAAAAAAAAGAGAGCUCCGAUAUCACUCUCACCGCUAAACGUCAAAAUAUCAGGCCGCAGCCUGCUGCUGCUGCUGCUGGUGGCCGGCAGUCCUCUUUCUGCUGACCGGAUUUCCCUUCUAUAUAUAGACUCGGAGCAAUCGGGGUGGCAGGGGGCAGAAUUCGAUUUGAAUUUUAACACAAAAUGGGAUCCUCCGAAGGAACGUCGUCGACUGCAGCUGGUUCAGGCAUUUCAACGAACACAUGCUGGGCACCGGCGGAAUCGGCGCAUCACUUCGUGCUGGUCCACGGGAUCGGGCACGGGAGCUGGUGCUGGUACAGAAUCCGGGCCCUGCUGGAGUCAUCGGGACACAGGGUGUCGUGCGUCGACCUCGCCAGCGCCGGCGUCGACCGGACCGACGCCAACACGCUGGAGUCUUUCCAGGAAUACAACAAGCCGCUGAUCGACCUGAUGGCGUCGUUGCCGGAGAAGGAGCAGGUGCUGGUGGUGGGGCACAGCGCGGGCGGGCUGAGCGUGACGGAGGCGAGCCACAAGUUCCCAAGCAAGAUUCGGGUGGCCGUCUACCUGGCCGCCACCAUGCUCAGGCUCGGUUUCUGUACCGACCGCGACGUCCUCGAUGGAACUCCAGACCUAUCGAGAUAUGGCGAAAAGGCAUACGAGCUAGGGUUCGGGAAAGGAACCAACAACCCACCAACAUCAGCCAAGGUGGCGACCCACUUGCUCCGCGAGGUGGUUUACAACACCAGCCCACCGGAGGACUGCACCUUGGCAGCCAUGCUGCUGAAGCCGGGCCCCAUCAUCGCCCUCCGAUCUGCUCGGUUCGACGAUGAUGAUGGGGUUGCGGUGGAAAGGGUGGAGCGGGUUUACAUCAAGACGAUGCAAGACAACGUUGUGAAGCCGAAGCAGCAGGACGCCAUGAUCGAGCGAUGGCCUCCUUCUAAGGUGUAUACACUGGAUUGCGACCAUAGCCCUUUCUUCUCUUCGCCUUUCCUGCUCUCCGGUCUCCUCCUCAACAUUGCUGCUGCGGCAGGGAGUAGUAACUAGUUGAGCUUCGAGCUUCUUCCAUGGGGAUUGCUCAAUUGUGUUCUGUUUACGUGUAUAAUUUGUUUGGUAAAAAAAAAGCGGAUUGGAACUUGCUUAUUUGCUAAUUGAAAAACCUUAUGGAGAUGCAGGGGAUCGAACCCUGUACCUCCCGCAUGCAAAGCGGGCGCUCUACCAUUUGAGCUACAUCCCCAUUUGUUUGCUUUGGGUGUUUUGAUUAUUAAUAUAGAACUCUUCGGCUA